UUGUACUGACUACUAAACUAAGUAAUAAUAACAAAGCCAGCACUGUACGUACCUAAAUAGUAAAUAUCCAUAUUAUUCUAAAUUAGUAAAAAUGCUUAUUAGUCAUUACUUAAUACUUGUUAGUUAUUAGCAUGAUAAAUUCAAUUAAAUUGCUCGAACAGAAAUCAUAUACCGCCGUGCAACUCGACUACAAGAGUAACGUGACUAUUGACUACUACAAUCCUCUCAGAACGCGAAUUUCGUCUUUAAAUUUGCGGCAAUAUGGAGGAGUUCAAGACAAGAGUGAAAAACGAAAGCGAUAUGGAUGCAUGGGAAUCAUCUGAAGCAUACGACGAUUAUAUUGGAUUCAUAACAGCCAUGAACAAAUCCGUGUAUGCCAUACCAUCAAACAAAACUUUGACGCUGUCAAAUGAGAUUUCACAGCUAUUAAAUGUAUUAAACACAAUUGAUGAUUGGAUUACAGAAGUGGAACCAUUGAAAGAGAGCUGUAGGUUUGGAAAUAAAGCUUUUUCUACAUUUUACAAUUUAUUAAAAACGAGAUUGCCCGAAAUAUUGUCAAAAGAAUUGUCGUCAGUCGACCAACAAAACAUUAUUGAGCUAACCGCUUAUAUUGUUGACAGCUUUGGUAAUCCAACUCGUAUCGAUUAUGGCACUGGACACGAAAUGUCAUUUUGUAUGUUCUUGUGUGGCUUAUACAAAGUAGACGUAUUGAAACAAAGUGACAGUAAAGCUACAGUCAACGUGCUAUUUUCAAGAUAUUUAGAAAUAGUUCGUAGACUUCAACUAAGAUAUCAAAUGGAACCAGCUGGAAGCCAUGGUGCUUGGAGUUUAGAUGACUACCAGUUUGUACCUUUUGUUUGGGGUAGCGCACAACUAAUCGAAAACCCAGAUUUUAAUCCAAAUUUGUUUGUUGAUGAAAAAUGUGUACAACAGUUUAAAUCAAAGUAUAUGUUCCUUGGAUGUAUUGAUUUCAUUAUGCAAGUAAAAAAAGGAUUGUUUCAUGAACAUUCUAACCAACUUUGGAAUAUAAGUGGUGUUCAAAGUUGGAAUAAAAUCAAUGAAGGUCUAAUUAAAAUGUAUAAAAAAGAGGUACUGGGGAAAUUCCCAAUCAUUCAACAUGUACCUUUUGGAAAUUUAUUUAAUUUUAAACAAUGUAUAAAAAAAAAACCCUUUGCUACACCAUCAGUGAUGAAAACUCCUGCACUGUCAUUAUUGGAAAAACUAAAGAAAACCGACCAAUCAGUACCAAAUAUAGUAAAUAAGUAAAUUAUUGUCACAUUUGUAAACUUAUACAAAUGUGAAUAUACUUAAUGUGAAUUAAUUAUCAGCUACAUCUUAAGUUUUCUACUUUAUACUAAAAUCAUUUAAUAUUACCAAUGCAAUGAGUCCAAUAAAAUCGCCAACAUAAUAUGAAGACAAUGUCUAACUAUCACUGAUGGCCACUGCUGAAUGUCAUGAAUAUUCAUUGAUCUCUACAUUGAAUUAUUUAUCGUUGAUGAAUAAUGAUAACAUAUUAUUCACUAUUAUAAAUUAAUACUAAUUAUGAACCUUACAUAAUAUAUAAUUAAUUUUCUUGAUUUCAAUUUGUAUUUGUCCUAGGUUGUCCUUUUAAGUUUAAUUUGUAUAAUAAGAUUAAAAUAUGUAAUGUUUUAGUUA